AUGGUACCAAUAUUGGGUACCGUCUGGUCAAACCCCCAGACAUGGCCCCUCGCAUUGCUGUUCGUGCUUCUUAGUGGGAGUCUGCUUGUGCUCCUUCACCUCGUCAUCAAUCGACAAAACUUGCCAGGCGACGCGCCGCCGGUGCUAAAGGGAUAUCCGAUUCUAGGAUCACUGGGAUUCUUCGGGAAGAGGCUCGAGUUUCUCCAGCGCGGACAAGAGACCAGCCCCAAUAGGCUGUUUAGCUUUUACUAUGGCCGCCAUCCCAUUGUCGCCCUGUCUGGGACCCAAGGACGAUCUCUCUUUUAUACCACAAGAGCCCUUGAUCUAAAUGCUGGCUUCAUGAUGUUGUUCGCUGCUCGACCAAAUAUCGACCACAUUCGCCAAAACCGAAAUGAUAACAUUCAACCAAUGUUCAAGAAGCUUCUUAUGCGCGAUAGAUUGGCAACCAACCUCCAUUACCUAACUGGCGACACUCACAAUGCGCUUCGCGCUUUUGACGUUCACCGUCCGGUCGACCCCUUUGCCGUUAUGUAUCGGCUGAUAUAUCAACUUACACACCGCACUCUUGGUUGCCAUGAUGUUGCUGAGAAACCUGACCUGCUAGAAACCACGAUGAAACACUACUCGUGUAUCGAAGAAUCUUCCCCGGUGCAAAUCUUGUUCCCAGAGCUGCCCACCUUUGCCAAAGUUCGCAAACAAUGGGCAGGCAUCAACCUCUACUGGCAGUUUCGCAAGAUCAUUCAUGAUAGGAGAGAUCGAGGAAUCAAGGGAACCGAUGCUAUGCAGGUGCUCAUGGAUGAUGGCAUGAGCGAGAUUGAGAUUGCCUCGUUCAUCAUUGGUGCCCUCUUUGCCGGUCUCAUUAACAGUGGUAUUAAUGCUGCUUGGAUUUUGGCCUAUCUAGCUAAGAAUCCAGAAUGGUACUUGAGAUGCCGAGACGAAAUUGACGCCGUCGUUGCCUCACAUCGACAAAACGAAUGUGAAACAGCCGAGGACAUUCUACCACGAGUAUCAAUCGAUGAGUGGGAGACAAGAUUCCCCACAAUCGAUUUGUGCCUUCGUGAAUCUUUACGACUCAAUGUGUCAGGUGUUGCUAUGAGGAGAAACAUUGGCAGCCGGGAUAUCAAGAUUCCUGGCACUAACCAAAUCAUCCCCGCCGGGGCUUUUGCCGUCUAUCCGGUUGAUGAGGCUCAUCUUGACCCUACCGUCUUUACGGAUCCCUAUUCUUUUGAUCCUACCCGUUUUCUGCCUAACAGAGCCGAAGAUCAGAAAGUACCACAUUCCUUCCUCGCCUUUGGUGGCGGUCUACAUCCUUGUCUGGGAAUGAGAUUUGCCAAACUCAGCAUCUAUAUUUCCACGGCGUAUUUCAUGUCUUAUUUUGACUUUUAUCACUGCGACAAGGAGUCCAGUCUACCUCUAGCGGAAGCUCUGCCUACCGUUGACCGGAAUGCUAUUGGACUUCGGCUUCCUACAAAUGUGUUUUUACAAUGCAAACCGCGCUUCUAA